AUGAAGAGGAAGGCGGCAAAAGCGAACAAAGAUCCGGAAAGCGAGAAAGACCCACAUCUAAGGGAAUCUUUGAACGAUGUUAGGUGAGGACUCAAUUGAUUACACAUAAUCGAGAGGUUUUUCGUUUAGAUUUGCCGUCUUCGCGAUUCUACUGCGGUUUCUCUUCAGUUCCUAUCUUUAUGACUGGGCGAGAGAGCGUGUGGAACUCGUGACGCCGGUUUUCAGCUAUGAACAGCUUUUGGACGAUCUCGAGAUGAAAAAAGAUGGACUUCCUCUCUAUACGUUUCCGCACUUCCACAAUGUAAAUAAAUAAUUAGAUUAGUAUAGAAAAGUUUAUGUUGUGUUCAAAGUGAUUCCGCGAAACGGAAAAUGGCUGACAGAGAGUUAAAAAUUUAACUAAAUUUUGGAAAGUCAGAUAAUUAUGCAAUUCGCGGAUAUUACUUUGAACACGGCAUCAGGUUAUUAAAGCAGUAGCUUGUUCGAAGUUCCAAAAGGCCUACUGUUUAGUUUCAUGAACAGCAUACAAUCGAAGAUCCAAUCUCAGUUUCAUUUUGGUCAUGAAUUAGUCGUCUUCGCUAGGAAUUUUUGACCGGCCCAAUGACUGUUAGAAAAAGGAAUAUUGAGGUCUAACUUUCCUUGAGCCAGUUCUUGCCGUUUUGAUAGGUUUCAAAUUGAUAUAGUGACGUUUCAGAAUAAUCAAAAUAUUAAUUCUUUCAAUUUGAAGGAAAAACGGGGCUAACUGACAAGAAAAAAAGUCUAAUUUUUGUCACACUUUCGAAUUUUCGGAUUAUUGGAAUAUUUCUCAGGCACCUAUGAUGAUGUGGAUCUACUCUUCUGUUUCUUAUUUUGGCAAACAUUCCGUUCUCGCUUUCUCUUGUUUGUUGGACGUCUCCGUAGCUUGGCUCCUCAAGUGGACUGCGGACGCCGUUAAAUCGAAAAAGGAAGGAGAAGCUGCCGGAUGCGGGCGAUGGCUUUUCAGAACGUUAGUGAAAAAUUUAAUUAUUUGAAAGUUGGAAGACUUUAGGGAUGUUUCCCAAAAUUUAGAACAAUAAAAAAAAAGAAAGGAAUUUUUGCAAAAAUAAAUACCGAUUGAUAUAGCCGAUUCAGUGUUAGCCUGAGAAAUCGAAAAAAAUGGGUCCUGACACGGUAAGAAUGAGAUACUGUUUUUCUUUAUGGGAAGCGCAAACAAGUGUCCCAAGGUACCCGUGAAUCGACUGUAGUCUUCCUAAGCUGGUGGCGCUUGCAGGACGAUCCUUGCGGCUAAAAAACAUCAAAGAGCUGCAAAAGCCACUUUAGGGAUCACUAAAUGCCUCAAAAUAGUUCGAAAUGCGCGUAGUGUACUUAAAACUUCUGAAUCGCAUUUUACAGUUAUCUGUUUAACCCUAUCACGAUAGCCUCUUGCGCCAUUUGCUCUCUAUCCACCCUCUACAACUUCCUCGCUGCUCUUUCUGCAUACCUAUUUUUCAGUGGUAUUGCUAAAUGCCAACAAAAAUUCAAGUAAUAUUUCUAUUUUAGGAUGUCUCAUGGGCUACGUUGUUGUGUUGGGAAUUUGGACGAGUUGGACGGUUUACCCGGCGAUUCUCUUCAAUAUUCUUUUCGUCUUGGACCUUCCGAAACGGCAGCUCGGAAUUUAUUUGGGAGUUGGGCUGGCCGUCGUUACCGCCAUCUCUUCCGUCCAUUUUUGGUCCCAAGGAAGUCUGGAAUUUUUGGACUCGUCUUACUUUUACAUGUGAGUCGAGUGUAUCUAAAAAUUUAUGAAUGAAGAUCCCUGAGUAGUUGAAAUAAAUUGAAAAUUUUAUUUGACUGAAUAAAUUUGAAUUAGAGCCCAUAAAACGUAUUAACUUUGAACGGCUCACAAUAGUGCGCCCAAGUCGAAAUGAGUUGCGGCGAAAGGCACAGAAAACUAAUAGGCGAGAAGCUCAAAGUGGCCUUUGAUUAUAUCACUCCCGCGACGUUUCGGGUCAUUUCACGGAGACUCAUUCUGAGGAGAAUGAACUAUGCUACUAGAAAAUUGAAAAAAAAAAUGCAUAAAUUGAGAAAAAAAAAUUCUUUCCAGGCUCACAUUCAAGGACAUUACUCCGAACGUCGGCCUCUAUUGGUAUUUUUUCGUGCAGGUCUUUGAUCAUUUCCGCGAAUUCUACGUUCUGACUUUCAUGACUUUCUACUGGUUUGUACCCGUACCUCUCACCAUGUCAAUCAGGUUCCUUUGACUAGUCGAAAAUAUAGCAAAAUCGAAACUUUUAGAGGAGAUCCACACUUGCUUUUCUGGCUGUUCUUGCUCCUUUCCAGUGUUUUCUUCCCUUCUCCGACUCUCAACACGGCGACGGUCGUUUUCUCUUUGUGGCCGAUCUUUUUGAAACGUUAUGGAGAGUGUGAGUUUGAAAAAAAAAAAAUUAAUAAAUGUUUUAGUAUCAAGGGAACUUCAAUUUUUAAUUUUUGCUUUCCCUCACGUACCUGAUUUUGUGAAUGUGAAAUUUAUAUAACUUUGAUUCAAUUUGGGAAAAAGGGGUUCAGAUUGGCGCUACACGCUUUUGAUUGUGGCCACAAUAGUGACGUGUGUAACGUUGAUGCCGGUCAUGUGGCACAUGUGGAUGGUGAGCUCCAGUGGAAACGCCAACUUCUACUUUGGCGUCACCUUGACUUAUAACAUCGCCAUGGUGAGCUUUAGGUAUUCGAAAAAAAAAACCAAGCCUUACAUUUUUGGAGUGAUUUUCUAAAUAUGAAACAAUUUUUAAAAGUAAAAAAAUAGAUCAUUCAAGGAACAAUUCAACCUUCUCCUAGAUAUGCCUUCUAAAAAAAGAAUGCAAUUCUGAAGGCCAAAUCCAACGAAAUAACACGAAAUUUAUUCAUAAGAUUGAUUGGGAUUCAAAUUCGAAAAUCUUUGGAAGAAAUUCUCAUUUUUUUUUUGUUGUAAUAAAAUCAUUAUCAGCUUUUUAGAAACUUGAAGUAUCAUAAAAGCUUGUAAUAAAAGGAUCCCGACAAUUUUAAGGAACAUUGUUUUUUCUAUACUUUUAUCUUCGCCUUUUUUCACUUUUCUCACAAAUUUGAUCGCGACAGCCAAGAAAACUUCAUUUACAGAUAUAUAUGGUGAUCGACGGAACAUUUGUGUACUUCCGCGACCAGACCAACGACUAUUUCAAAGAUUGGAAAAGUCGACAUAUGGGAUUCGCCUACGCUUUCCACUGA